AUGACUCUCCAAAGUAAUCCAGACAAGCCUAAUCACCCAACCAUUCUGGGCAACCAUCCGACAUCUGCCCUUGAAGACAACACCGCCAGCUCCGAUCCAACGUCGUUCGCCGCUUCCUGUGCCUCGCGGCCUUUCGCACGAGCGGUGCGGCAACACCAUUAUACGCUCGCUAAUGACACCGCCGGUGGUCCUGUAAAUCGUAUUCUGGAGGAGUAUUCGACUGAACUUGGACAGUAUGGUUUAACCCCCGCCGCCUCUCCUCAUCAUCAAUCGAUCGUUGGGGACCCGAAGGUGCCCUCGCCGAACGAGUCAAGUACGAGACCGUGGAUAAAUAGGGCAAAUUGGGCCAAUAACGCCGCAGUGCAACCGUUGCACCGCACCGCGUCGACGCAUGGUAAAGGGAAGCGGUCGUCGGAUAACGAGCUUGACGAGCGUCCGCCUUGCCGACGUGCGCUGAAGCGGCCUCGCGCUCGGCUCACGCCGCCCCGUAAGAUCGACCUCAGCCCCUUCGCCAGGCCGGCGUUCCCUCCGAAGCCUCCCGACGGUCUUACGUCCCCGUUAUUCUUUUCGCAUAAGCAAAGACCUCUGAUUAUUAGACCCCCAAAUUUUUCCGGAUCCGAGGCGGCAACCAUGUUUAAGAGUGCACGGGAUGGAACGGAGGUGACCACCUUGAAGCUCGCCCGGGGUACGGUAAACCCUGCGAGUCCGGCGAGGUCGUCUAGUACACCGGGUAGCUGGUCUUCUAUCGAAGCAGGAAAUCGCGCGCGGAGUCCCGAGUCGGCAGCCUCUAUCCCGGGGUUGCAAGGGCUGCAAGGCAUUGGUGUUCUCGAAUUGUUAGAGCGCGACGAUAGGCCAACUUUUAUCGUCGACGGCCUGUCUCCGAUCAACAGCACCCCUGGUCCUCUGAAUCUUCUCUACGUAAACCCAGCUCUUCAAGUUUCGGAUCCUAUCCGCCAUUUGCUUUCUGGAGAUUUUCGGGACAGCGUGGAAGCGCGGGAUGACUUUUUCACCUUCAAAGCAUGGGUAAAAACAGGGGGCCUCAGUCCGGACGGGAUCGAUGUUUUCCUACCCUCAUUCCAUUAUGGCGGUUAUAAUUGGACUUGCUCGACUAUUAGGAAUCGGUACCGAUUUGUUAGUGCAAAUACCAGCGCUGCCUCGAUUGCGCGGACAUCCCCUGAUCCUUUAAUGGAUCGCGAGGCUAGUGUUGAAUCUCGGGCUCGUGACCCGACACCAAAUGCUCCAAUUAAGUCACCUAUUGAUAUAGUAUUACCUGAUCGAGAGCGGGAUUAUUUUGGGAAUGCUAUUGAGACUGAUGAUUCAGUUCAGCAGGAUACGAAUAGUGAUGAAGGAACUGCUUCGGCACUACACUAUGAUGGUGAAAUGACGCCGGAGGCUACUGCUAUCCCGCCGUCUGUAGCACAACCGUCCUUUGACUGGACUCGGAUACCUAUUACUGAAGAUCUCCCAGAACACAUACAGUUCGCCCGUUCGAUAGACUGGGCGUCGACACCGCUUGGGCCCAUUGAAGACUGGUCGGCAGAACUCCGACAGAUGGCAAAUCUUGUCAUGGGUAGUCCCAAUCCUGUGGCAUUGUAUUGGGGACCGGAAUUUAUUACCAUAUACAACGAAGCAUAUGUUGCCGUGGCGGGUGCAAAACAUCCCAGACUCAUGGGCCAAAGCUAUAAGGAAGCUUGGGGUGAGAUUUGGCCUGAGUUGCAACCCAUCCUCGAAAGCGCUUGGAAAUCUGGUCAGGCGACGAUGAAAAAUGACGACCGCCUCAUCAUAAGACGACACGGGUUUGAUGAGGAAACGUUCUUUUCUUGGUCGAUCGUGCCGCUUGUUGGUGGCGAUGGAUCCGUUGUUGGUCUAUUCAACCCAGCCUUCGAGAAUACUCGCCGAAAGAUAGCCGAGAGGAGAAUGCUGACGCUGCGUGAAGUGGGAGAAAAGACUGCUCUGGCCCGUGAUGUUAAGAGUUUUUGGAGUCAAGUCAAUCUGGGUCUCGACUACAACGAAGAUGACGUGCCCUUCAACCUAGUUUACUCCGUAACCGAGGAGUCUGAGAGCGAUGUAUCCUCUAUGCACUCGGGAAGCUGGGUAAAUCCCCCUCUCCUAAUGCUCGAAGCUUCUCUCGGGGUACCUCAGGGCCAUCGCUUAUUAGUUGAAUCCCUCAACCUCAGGACAAGCAACGAAGGUUUUGCUCCCUAUAUGCGGGAAUCUAUGUCAAAUUCUGGACAACCUGUAAUCUUGUCCGCCGGAGAUGGGACACUUCCUGAAGGUCUUAUGGACGGAUUGGCUUGGAGAGGCCCAGGUGACGCGUGCAAAUCAAUUGUUAUCUUCCCUGUUCAUCCAACCACUGGCAGCGAGAGCGUAGUAGGCUUUAUCGUAAUGGGUGUCAACCCUAGACGUCCGUAUGAUGAUGACUAUCAACUCUUCAUAAACCUCCUAUCUCGACAACUUGCGACCUCGCUGGCGUCCGUCGUCUUGUUCGAAGAAGAGAUACGGCGUGGUCAGAAGGCAGCUCAAAUGGCCGCCGCGGAUCGACAGGAACUGACUAAGCAGCUACACUUAAGGACGCAGGAGGUUGAAGAAAGCGAACUCAAAUUUACGAGAAUGGCCGAAUUUGCGCCCGUUGGAAUGUUUAUCGCUAACCAUUUAGGCAACAUUGUCUACUGCAAUGAUAUGUGGUGGGAUAUAUCAAGACACAACAGGUCGCAGGGCGUAGAUGGUUGGAUGGAAAGUGUCAAGGAAGAGGAUCGACCCGCUUUAGAAACGAUAUGGCAAUGUCUACUUAAGGACAAGGUUGCAAUCACGCAUGAGUUCAGAUUCAAGUGCUCACGUCAUGAAGGGGAGAGCGUUAUUGACACUUGGGUACUAAUGAGUGCGUACCCGGAGAAAGACGCGUACGGUGGUAUCAAGGGAAUUUUCGGAUGCGUCACAAAUAUAUCGCAACAGAAGCUAGCCGAGCAGAUUCAGAUGCAGCGACGGGAGGAAGCGGUCGAGCUCAAGCGGCAGCAAGAGAAUUUCAUCGACAUCACGAGCCACGAGAUGCGCAAUCCACUUAGUGCGAUCCUCCAAUGCGCCGACGAAAUUGCCGGGACCGUGUCGAAUCUCAAACCUGCAGAGGCCGGUGAACAAGGCGAAAACCUGAGGCUUGCUAUGGAGGGUUGUUUGGAAGCAGCGAGCACCAUUACGCUCUGUGCAAGUCACCAGAAACGAAUCGUCGACGACAUCCUCACGCUUUCUAAGCUUGAUUCGCAACUUCUGCUUGUGACACCCGUCGAUGUCCAGCCAUUAGCUGUCGUGCAGCGCGUUCUGAAAAUGUUCGAGAGCGAGUUAAAUACGAACGGUAUCGAGAUGAAGUUCCAAGUCAAAAACCGCUAUCUUGAUAUGGGCGUCGACUGGGUUAAGCUUGAUCCAUCGCGACUUUUGCAAGUCCUGAUCAACCUGAUGACUAAUGCUAUUAAAUUUACCCAAUCUCGUCAUAACCGGUCAAUUGUAGUAACACUCGACGCUUCCAGUGCGGCCUUGAGUAUGUCCGACUUAGGCAUUGACUACUUUCCAAGCGAUCGUGCCGACAAGGACGACCUUACUGAUCAUCCUGAAUGGGGUAAUGGAGAAAAGAUUAAUCUCCAUUUCUCUGUUCGGGAUACAGGCAGAGGCUUGGACGAACAUGAGAGGAAACUUCUCUUCCAACGCUUUUCUCAAGCUACUCCUCGAACUCAUGUCCAAUAUGGCGGAUCAGGCUUAGGCCUAUUCAUCUCUCGAAUCCUAACCGAGUUGCAAGGAGGACAGAUCGGGGUUACUUCACAAAAGGGCAUCGGCAGUACAUUUUCCUUCUACGUCCAAAGUAGAAAGACCGAUCCUCCAUCGGCCGAAACUCACGCACUACCAGCUGCACCUCCGCUUACACGCGCUCCCGGAUCCUCGACGACCAUCGAGACACGGCAACCGAAACUCGCUACUUACGAUAUGCUGACCAAUUCUAACAAAAAAGUUGUCUCUAAGGCACGAUAUUCGGAUGAUGGUAGACGGUUGUUCGAUGUACUCAUUGUCGAAGAUAACCUCGUGAACCAGAAGGUGCUCCAGAGGUCGCUACGCAAUGUUGGGAAUAGCACUAAAGUAGCCAACCAUGGAGGUGAAGCCUUGGAAGUAUUACAGCGGUCGCGCUACUGGACUGGAAAAGAAGAGUCUGGGGAUGACAUAUCCGUCAUAUUAAUGGAUCUUGAAAUGCCUGUGAUGGACGGUAUGACUUGCGCUCGCAAAAUUCGAGAACUCGAACGAAACGGAACGAUCGUCAGCCACAUUCCCAUCAUCGCCGUUACGGCGUACGCGCGGCCAGAACAAAUCGAGAAUGCCAAAGCCGCGGGCGUUGACGAUGUUAUCUCUAAACCGUUUCGCAUGCCUGAGCUCAUCCCAAGGAUAGAGCAACUUGUUGCGAUUCAUACUCCGUACGCCGAAGCUACAGCAGCAGGCUAG